UGCAGACACCGCAGACUUCAAACAUAACCCAACUUUUAAUUUUUAACACCUUUAGUACUUGUUUCAUAGUUUGACGUGUUCUCCGAGGACAUAUGCUGACGUCGGAAUGGUUUUAUUAGAAAAUGAAACGUUCUUAACAGAACUUACGAGGCUAUUUGAAAAAUCACGCCUUUCCGGCUCUGUAGUACUCACUAUAAAAAGAUUCAAUGGACAAAACAAACCUGUACCUCGUAAGGGUAGGCCACCGUUACCAAAACCUACUGAAUACAUGUGUCUAGUACGAGCUACUCUACGCUCUAAAAAAAUAUCAACAGUUAUCCAUUCCAAGGAUGUAAACAAAUUUCAACAGGCGUACUGGAGUUUAUUGAAAUCAAAUAUCAACGGGCUUAAAAAAUUAAAAAAAGUUAAAUCGGCUAAGCCAAAAGCUCACUGAAUUUAUCUUUUAAGUUGUGUGUUUAAAUUUCAUCAAGAUUUCAAUCGCUUUUAUACCACAUUCUGUAUAUUUUAACUGAAAAUUUUCAUCUGUUUCAUAGUAUGACAGGUAAUAAAAGAAAGAUUUCUAUGUCUGUUA